ACUCGCGCGCGAACAGUUCGAAAAAGGCGACGAACGGUGUCGCUUGUUGUGCCACUGUGCUGUCAAUUGGGAUAACUUGGAAAAUGCUUAACGCAUGGAAAAUGCCGGCGGCAACAUUUUUUCGUAUCGUAUCGUAAUUAAAUUUUGGGGGCCAGUGAAUUGAAUUCCAAAUUGAAUUUUCUCUAAAAUAAACAUAAAAACAUUAAACAAUUGACCAGUGCAGUGCAAGGUGUGUGUUCCGUUUGUGUUUAUGUUUUCGUAUCCAGCAAUACAACAACAAAAAAAUAAUAAAAUAAAAAUGGAAAAAAAUGGAAAAAUUUGAUUAUGGGCCGUGCUUUGAAUGGAACCAAUAAAUAUUUACAUAAAAUCGCUGCUGCUUAAAAAAAUAACACCAUAUAAAAAUUAUAAUUUAUGAGCGAUUUAAAAUUCUUUUACCCAACAAAUUCAACACACAUUGCUCAUACGCCACGUGAUUUGACAGGUAUUUCCCGGCACACGAGCAAGCAAAUGGAAACCAAAUAGGAAUAGGAAUAGCAAUUCCAUCCAAAUAAAAAAAAAGGAAACGCAACAUUAGUCAGAAUAAACAAAGGGAACGCUAGGCCAAGGACAAAAGGGGACAACGGGAGACUCCCAGAACGCCAGUUAAAAGACUGGUCUCUGUCUCUGUGUGUCUCCGUGGUGAAACAUCCGUCACUCGUCAUGGAAAACAUCGAUGAGCUGCUGGACAGCAAUGACAGCGACCAUGGCAAUGGCGACAUCAGCUACAGCUGGAGCAACUGGAGCACUUUAGCGCCAGCCAUCAUCUACAAUGCAAUGAACAGCGUCAUGGCUGUGGCCAAUCAAACGCCACUUCCUGAUUUCAAUCAAGAUUUCCGACACAACAGUUUGACCUACAAUCUGAGCCGGGUUUUGCCCACUGGCAUUACGGGUCUAACAGCCGGAGAUGUUGGCUUCGGUGUCAAUGGCGAUCACGAGGAUGCCGCAUCGCCGGAUGCCAAGUUUGCCUUCGUGGUCCCGUGGUGGCGUCAGGUGCUCUGGAGCAUACUCUUUGGUGGCAUGGUAAUUGUGGCAACUGGCGGCAAUCUAAUUGUCGUCUGGAUUGUGCUGACCACCAAGCGGAUGCGCACCGUGACCAACUAUUUCAUAGUGAAUCUCUCGAUAGCAGAUGCGAUGGUCUCCAGUCUGAAUGUGACCUUCAACUAUUACUAUAUGCUGGACGGUGAUUGGCCCUUCGGCGAGUUCUACUGCAAGGUAUCGCAAUUCAUAGCCAUGCUGAGUAUCUGUGCAUCGGUGUUCACUCUAAUGGCCAUUUCAAUCGACAGGUACGUGGCAAUUAUGAAACCACUGCAACCGCGGAUGAGCAAACGGCGUAAUUUGGCCAUCGCCGCGGUCAUCUGGCUCUCCUCGACUCUCAUCUCCUGCCCGAUGCUGCUCUUUUUUAAAACCGAAGAGGUGCCGGUGCAGAACACAACACGCAGCGUCUGUUUUCCUGAGUGGCCAGAUGGCCAAACGAAUCACUCGAAGCAGGAGCAUCUCUAUAACAUACUCAUUCUUAUACUCACCUACUUUCUGCCCAUUGUCUCGAUGACGGUCACCUACUCGCGUGUGGGCAUCGAACUGUGGGGCUCCAAGACCAUUGGCGAGUAUACGCCCAGGCAAGUGGAGAAUGUGCGCAGCAAGCGAAGGGUUGUCAAAAUGAUGAUUGUGGUCGUUUUAAUAUUCGGCGUCUGUUGGCUGCCCUUCCACACGUACUUCAUUAUUACAUCCUGUUAUCCGGCCAUCACUGAGGCACCUUUCAUUCAGGAACUAUAUCUCGCAAUCUAUUGGCUGGCCAUGAGCAAUUCCAUGUACAAUCCGAUUAUCUACUGCUGGAUGAAUUCGCGGUUUCGCUAUGGCUUCAAAAUGGUCUUUCGCUGGUGUCCUUUUGUGAAUGUGGGCGCCGAGUCGCUUAACCGCCGAGAUAAUCUCACAUCGCGCUACUCCUGCUCCGGUUCACCCGACCACAAUCGCAUCAAACGGAAUGAUACGCAGAAAUCCAUACUGUAUGCCUGUCCCGGCUCACCGAAAUCGCAUCGAGUUUCGCACUGCGGUCUGCUGCGUAACUCGGUGGGACGAACUGUGGAACAGGUUGCCAGCGAGGGACAGCAAAGGCACUCGAUGCCGGUCAGCAGAAACAGCGGAGGGCCCAUUAGUCUGCGUGGUCACAGAUCGCCGUAUCAGCAGGAGAUGCAGGAACGCUGGAGCAGCGACAAGUGCAGCAGUGGCAUCAACAUGGCAACAGAAAGUCGCACCACAAACCUUUUGCCUUGACAGACAGCAGCGGCAGGAACAUCAGCAACGUCGCCAGAAAGCAUCGAGUUGCAGCUGCAAAUGCAAGUCGUUUGCUCCUCUGGUUACAACAAUAACUAUCGUCGCAUCAACAAUGUGAACAAUGUGGCAAACACAACACAGACAGUGGCUGAUGACAAAACUUGGCUGUAGGUUCCUCUAGCAACCUUCUCCCAAUCAUGUCUCGAAUUUAUGUUUAGCGAAUGGAUACUGUUAAAUACAUAAUUAAUUGAUGUAAAUGUAAACCAAAAGCAAAAUUAAUUGAUAGACUCCACACGUAAACGUCUUACAUGCCAGACAGACAAGUGAGGCAAAUCAAUGAAUUGAAUGAAUGAAAGCGUGCUGCCAACGGGGCGAAUACGUUAUGCGAUUCGUGGAAAUGAUAACUCACUUAUGUUCCGCUGCCAUAUCACAUUUCAUAAGCAUUCAUUGCGGCUACAUUAAAUGCGUGUUUAAUACCAGAAACCAAAAACUAUAUAUAUAUAAUAUAUUAUUUCGUUGAUCUAAGUGCUAAAUAUAAUGGAUAAACCAUAAACCAAAGUCAUCUAUGGAUUUAAAGCAAAAUGAAGACUUUAUAAUUCUAUACGUGUUACACUUGUAUAUAAACUUAAACGUAUCAAAUACUUACUACAUACAUAAUAUAUGGUAACAAUUCUUCAACUCUUUAAGUUAUGCAAAAUUUAUGUGUAAAUAUGAAAAUAAAUUGUAUUUGUUUAGGCACGAUUCAAUGUCUGCCUCUCUGAGAAUUGUGAAUAAAGCGUCUUACUCAAA